AUGGACGACGAGUUCCUCACUAAUUUAACCCCGGCUCUGGUUGGAGACUCCGAGGCUCUGAGCCCCAACUCCACCGAGGAGCCCGGCUGGUGGGCGUCCGGGGACGGUGGGGAGGCUGUCCACUUCGCCGUGCGCUGCGUCAUGACCUCGGUGUACAUCAUGAUCAUCACCGUGGGUCUGCUGGGAAACAUCACCCUGGUGAAGAUCUUCAUCACCAACAGCGCCAUGAGGAGCGUGCCUAACAUCUUUAUCUCCAGUUUGGCUGCGGGAGACUUGCUGCUGCUGGUCACCUGCGUGCCAGUGGACGCUUUUCGCUACUUCUCCGAGGAGUGGGUGUUUGGCGAGGCGGCGUGUAAACUCAUCCCCGUCAUCCAGCUCACCUCGGUCGGUGUGUCUGUGUUCACGCUCACUGCACUCAGCGCGGACAGGUACAAGGCCAUAGUGAACCCGAUGGACAUCCAGACGUCCAGCGCUGUCUUCUGGACGUGUCUGAAGGCAGUUUCUAUCUGGCUGGUGUCUGUCCUGCUGGCUGUUCCUGAGGCUAUUUUCUCACAAGUUGUUUCCAUGCCGGGUCACAGGGACAACAGUAACGUGACUUUCGUGAACUGCGUGCCGUACCCGUUGUCCAAUCAGAUGCAUCCUAAGAUCCACUCGGUGAUGAUCUUCUUGGUUUACUUCCUGAUCCCUCUGGCCAUCAUCUCCGUGUAUUACUACCACAUCGCCCGCACGCUCAUCAAGAGCGCCCACGACAUGCCUGGGGAAGUCAGCGAGCACACCAAGAGACAGAUGGAGACAAGGAAACGUCUAGCCAAGAUCGUGUUGGUGUUUGUGGGUCUGUUCGCCCUGUGCUGGUUCCCCAACCACGUGCUCUAUAUGUACCGCUCCUUCCACUACCACCAGAUGGACCUGUCACUGGCCCACCUCGUCAUCACGCUGCUGGCAAGAGUCCUCAGCUUCUCCUCCUCCUGUGUCAACCCCUUUGCCCUCUACCUGCUGAGCGAGAGUUUCCGCCGGCACUUCAACAGUCAGCUUCGAUGCGGUCGAGGUCCACGGCCCGAGCGCCAGGCCAGCUACCUUCACAGCACCUCCCACAUCCGCCUCACCUCCAUCAAAAAGACCACACCUACCGCCGCCAUCAUUGCGCCCGCCGCCAACGGAAGCUCAAGCAGACAAGAAGUGGCUCUGUGA